ACCCUACGAAAAAUAAUCGCAAGAAAUCAAAGCUACCAUUUUGAAAAUCGAUUCAAAAUGUCCCAUAACUCUUUGUCACGGGCCUGUAUGAGCACGUCGAUAUGUUAUUGGUGAUUGUUUUGUGUGUGGCAAUGUGUGGGGCCAGCUUUCAUGAGCAGUAUAGAGUGCCCCAGACCUGUACGGAUAAAUGGGAAUCCUUCGUGUAUGAAGACAAGGAAUAUGUCAUCCAGAACCUGCCGAUAACCUGGGAGAAUGCUAAGAUUAUGUGCCGUGGUCACCAUAAUGGAACAUUGGCGAUUUUGGAUACGAAAGAAAAGGCCGAAUUUCUUGCUGAAGCUUUAGCUGAAUCACAGUUUUUAAUCGACUCUGUAUGGGUUGGUGCUCGGAGACAUGGUGGCGACGAUCCAGCUGGCUACCGUUGGGGCAAUCUUCUGGAACUGCGUCGCACAGCUGAUGACAUCCGGCGGAGUAGUCCUGAGGACGUGGACCAAUACCCUGCGUGGCAGAACAGAACUCACGUGCCAGUCCCAGACACGGGCGCCGACUGCGUGGCCGUGCAAAGAGUGUCUCACGAUCGAGGAGUGUUCCUGGACCUUCCCUGCGAGCUGGAAAGACCAUUCGUCUGUGAAAGAGAAGCGCAGACCCGGCAGCUAAUAAAGGAGCUGAAGACGGUCCGGUGCCGGACCGGUCUGUACCGGAUGUACGACGGCCUGUUAGACUGGCACCAGGCGGCUGCGUAUUGCGUGGUCAGGAAGAUGAGUUUAGCCAACAUUGCCACGAUGAAGUGUCUGAAGAAACUUGGCACCACAAUGCUAAAGACCAGGCCUAGCAUCGAGAACGCGUGGGUGGGAGCGAGAGGUGAGCUCGGGAAAUGGAGCUGGGUGGACUCGGGGGCUAGCAUCUUCUUGGCCAGCCCUUACAGCGACGUGGACAAAGCCGUGUGGCCACCUAUGAGAGACAGAACAUCAGUAAAACAAAAUGGCUGCCUCCAACUAGACCGGCACGCUAAUCACCCACCGAUAUUCCUGGAGGCCCGUUGCGAAAGAAAGAUGCAGUUUAUCUGCUAUCAAGGUAUACAAGGUUCACCGGCAUUGCGAACAGCCACACCGCUACCUAGCGACGACUCCUACUACUACGUGCUUGUCAAACAACUGCUAUUCUGGCAGCACGCUUACGAGAACUGUAACAAAAUGAAUGGAUCGUUGGCCUAUCCGGAGACGUCGGAAAUAAUGACGCAGUUGCUGCUUCUUAUGGGGGAAAAUAAGGAGGAACGUAAGUUUUGUUUGUUUUAUUACAGCCGCCAUCUAGUGGCUAGUAACUUAAAUAUUUAAACACCAAUGACACUUACAUAAAACAGACU